GUGCAUUUCUGAGUCGACCCGAACUUGUCACUCACUUGGUGAAGUACAGAUCCCUGCUGCUGUUCUUGGGAGUGGCUGACGGUUCAGCUGGGUGCUGCAGCUCAAAGCUGCUCCUCCCAACUCCUUUUCUUAGGUGCACACACUCCCUCUUCUCCAGGAUUCUGUAAAACACAACAGACACACGACAGGCAAGCACACACUCAGAGCUGACGUGGGCUGAGGUCUGAGCCAGGCCCCCCUUCUGGAACAGCUGGUAUCCAUCUGUGGUUGCCGUCACUCUGGCUGCUGCUUCUUCCUGCUGCAGGAGCGGCCCCGGGAGGACAAACCAGCUCCGUUGUGACCCAUUCAUGAGCUCAGCUGCAGCACUGCUGUGGGAUCAGCGAGUAGACUGAGACUCAGCUGCUGGUCUGUGUGCUCGGCGGCCUUCAGCAUGGACAUCCUGACAGCCUGGGCCACCACCAACCCGGCUGUGGCCCGGCUCCUCUGGGUCCUGCUUCUGGUCGUGGCUACCUUCCUGGUCUGGCUCUUCUUCUUCUGCUGCUACAGUUGGAACCAGAGCUCAUCGUCCUCAAUGGAACGGUACCUGGCUGUGAUGUUGAAGAACUCCAAAUCUAAAGCUUCAUCUCAGAGGAAGAAAAAGCAGAAAGAGAAGUUGGUCGUUUCCGUCCAGUCGGAGGAAGUUGUGCUGAAAGCAGUCGAAGAGAAGGCACCAUGUCCCACGGUGAGAAAGAGGAAGAGGCGACCUCCUAAAGCUGGGAUGGAAACGGUGACUUCAGUGAGGACACAGAAGAGAAUGGAGGAGGUGAAGGACAAGCCGAAGAGGAGGCCUCUGGUGAGGGCUGCGUCGGAGGAGAGCUCCAGCGACCUGAGCUCCAUGAGCUUCUCUCCGUCUCCUGGAGACACGCUGCCCUGGAACCUGCCCAAACACCACCGCAUCAAGCGCUCCAAGUCCGCCUCCGGGGACGUUCUGGAUCCAGCAGAGAGGGCCGUCAUCCGCAUUGCAGAUGAACGGGACAGAGUUCAGAAAAAGACCUUCACAAAAUGGGUCAACAAGCACCUGAUAAAGGCGCAGCGACACAUCACCGACCUGUACGAGGACCUCCGGGAUGGACACAACCUCAUCUCGCUGCUGGAGGUGCUCUCCGGCGAGACCCUGCCGCGGGAGAAAGGAAGGAUGCGCUUCCACAAGCUGCAGAACGUUCAGAUCGCCCUGGACUUUCUCAAACACCGACAGGUCAAACUGGUCAACAUCAGGAAUGAUGACAUCGCAGAUGGAAACCCCAAGCUGACCCUGGGCCUCAUAUGGACCAUCAUCCUUCACUUCCAGAUCUCCGACAUUCAGGUCAACGGUCAGUCGGACGACAUGACGGCCAAAGAGAAGCUGCUGCUGUGGUCUCAGAGGAUGGUGGAGGGAUACCAGGGUCUGCGCUGCGACAACUUCACCACCGGCUGGAGAGACGGCCGGCUCUUCAACGCCAUCAUCCACAAACACAGACCAACUCUGAUUGACAUGGGUCAGGUGUACCGGCAGACCAACCAAGAGAACCUGGAGCAGGCCUUCAGCGUGGCAGAGAGAGAACUGGGCGUCACCAGACUGCUGGACCCCGAAGAUGUGGAUGUGCCCCAUCCAGAUGAGAAGUCCAUCAUCACGUAUGUCUCCUCGCUGUAUGAUGCCAUGCCCAGAGUACCGGAUGCUCAGGAUGGAGUCAAAGCCAACGAGCUGGAGCUGCGCUGGCAGGAAUACUACGAGGUGGUCACCAUGCUGCUGCAGUGGAUCAGACACCACGUCCUGGUCUUCGAAGAGAGGAAGUUUCCCACCAGCUACGAGGAGAUCGAGAUUCUUUGGCGUCAGUUCCUGAAAUUCAAGGAGACAGAGCUUCCUGCCAAAGAGGCGGACAAGAACCGCUCCAAGCACAUCUUCAAGUCUUUUGAGGGUGCAGUCCAGGCCGGUCAGGUCAAAGUGCCUCCCGGUUACCAUCCCUUCGACGUGGAGAAGGAAUGGGGCCGUCUGCAUGUGGCUAUUCUGGAAAGAGAGCGUCUCCUCAGGACUGAAUUUGAGAGGCUGGAGCGGCUCCAGAGGAUUGUCAGUAAAGUCCAGAUGGAGUCAGGGGUGUGUGAAGAGCAGCUCAACCAGGUGGAGACUCUGCUGCAGUCGGAUGUGAGGAUGAUGAGUUCUGGGAGACCUGCUCAGCACACGGCAGAGGUGGAAGCAGAUCUGGAAAAAUCUGAAGGAAUGAUCCGCUUCCUCUUCAACGAUGUGCAGCUGCUCAAAGAUGGACGCCACCUCCAAGCUGAACAAAUGUAUCGCAGAGUGUAUCGUCUCCACGAGAGGCUGGUAAACCUCCGCAGCGAGUACAACCUGCGGCUGAAGUCGGGCGUGACCGCCACACAGAUCCCCAUGACUCAGAUCACCAGCGCUCAGGUGCUGCAGCAGACGUCCUCAAGGGGGCGGCCCGAGCUGGACGAGGUCACCCUGCGCUACGUCCACGACCUGCUGGGCUGGGUGGAGGAGAACCAGCGGCGGGUGGACGAGGGGGAGUGGGGCUCUGACCUGCCCAAUGUGGAGUCCCAGCUGGGCAGCCACCGAGGCCUGCACCAGUCUGUGGAGGAGUUCCGUUCCAAGAUCGAGCGAGCGAAAGCCGACGAGAGUCAGAUUUCACCUGUUAGUAAAGGUGCAUACCGUGAAUAUCUGGGAAAACUGGAGCUGCAGUAUGGAAAACUACUGAAUGCAUCAAAAGCCCGUCUGCGCUACCUGGUGGAGCUUCACGCCUUCGUCAGUGCAGCAACCAAAGAGCUGAUGUGGCUGAACGAGAAAGAAGAGGAGGAGAUCAACUACGACUGGAGCGACAAGAACACCAACAUGGUCUCCAAGAAAGAGUGCUACUCGGGUUUGAUGAGGGAGUUGGAGCUCAGAGAAAAGAAAGUGAACGGCGUCCAGGCCACAGGAGACAAACUGCUGAGAGACGGACACCCUGCCAGGAAAACCAUCGAGGCCUUCACUGCAGCCCUGCAGACUCAGUGGAGUUGGCUCCUUCAGCUGUGCUGCUGCAUCGAAACCCACCUGAAGGAAAACACUGCCUACUUCCAGUUUUUCGCUGACGUAAAGGAGGCAGAGGAGAAGAUGAAGAAGAUGCAGGACACAAUGAAGAGGAAGUACUCAUGCGACCGCUCCGUCACCGUCACCCGGCUGGAGGAUCUACUGCAGGAUGCAGCUGAUGAGAAGGAGCAACUGGCUGAGUUUACCACUCACCUGGAGGGCCUGAAGCGGAGGGCCAAGACCAUCGUCCAGCUAAAACCCCGGAACCCUGCGAGUCCCAUAAAAGGGAAGCAGCCUGUCCAGGCCGUCUGCGACUUCAAACAGCUGGAGAUCACAGUCCACCGAGGAGACGAGUGUGCUCUGCUGAACAACUCGCAGCCCUUCAAGUGGAGGGUCCUGAACGAUAAAGGCAGCGAGGCGUCCGUGCCCUCCAUCUGCUUCCUGGUUCCUCCCACCAAUAAGGAUGCUGUGAACAGCGUCGCCGGACUGGAUGGAAACCUGCAGCGGCUGCAGACCAUGUGGCAGACCAUGUUCGUGGACCUGAAGAGUCUGUUAUCCUGGCAGUACCUGAUGAGAGACAUCCACAUCAUCAAAUCCUGGAACAUCACCAUGUUUAAGACCUUGAGGGUGGAGGAGUACCGGCUGGCCCUGAGGAACCUGGAGCAGCACUAUCAGGACUUCCUGAGAGACAGCCAGGACUCCCAGAUGUUCGGAGCCGAGGACCGCAUGCAGGUGGAGUCCAACUACAACAGAUCCAACCAGCACUACCACACCAUGGUCAGCUCUGCAGAGCAAGGCUUCGUGCCAACCAGCGCAGGAGAGCAGGACGAGUCUGUGUGCAAGACCUACCUGACGAGGAUUAAAGACCUCCGUCUGAGGCUAGAGGGCUGUGAGAACCGAACCGUGACCCGGCUUCGGCAGCCCGUGGACAAGGAGCCCCUCAAGGCCUGCGCCCUGAAGACCGCCGAGCAGAUGAAAGUCCAGUCAGAGCUGGAGGGCUUGAAGAAAGACCUGAGCUCCAUCGCUGAGAAGACGGAGGAGGUCCUGGUGUCCCCUCAGCAGUCCGGCUCCGCCCCGAUGCUGCGCUCCGAACUGGACCUCACUCAGAGGAAGAUGGACCAUGUUUAUGGCCUGUCCUCCGUCUACUUGGACAAACUGAAGACCAUUGAUGUCGUGAUCAGAAACACUAAAGAUGCAGAAGAUGCGCUGAAGAAUUACGAAACUCGUCUGCGGGAUGUCAGUAAAGUUCCAGCUGAGCAGAAGGAUGUGGAGGAGCAGCGCGGUCAGCUGAAGUCGAUGCGUGCUGAAGCAGACGCCGACCAGGCGCAGUUCGACCGCCUGCAGGACGAGCUGAGGACGGCUUCGGCCAUCAGUGACAAGAUGACGAGGAUUCACAGCGAGCGGGAUGCCGAGCUGGAGCAUUACCAGCAGCUGGUCGGCAGCCUGCUGGAGCGCUGGCAGGCUGUGUUCGCGCAGAUCGACCUCCGGCAACGGGAGCUCGACCUGCUCGGCCGCAAGAUGAAGUCCUACCGCGACAGCUAUGAGUGGCUCAUCCGCUGGCUCGGAGAAGCACGGCAGAGGCAGGAGAAGAUCCAGGCCGUUCCCAUCGGAGACGGGAAGGCUCUCAGGGAGCAGCUGGCUUCAGAGAAGAAACUCCUGGAAGAGAUCGAGAGAAACAAGGAUGAGAUUGAAACUUGCCAGAAAAAUGCAAAAGCUUACAUCGACUCUGUCAAGGAUUAUGAACUCCUGAUCUUGACAUACAAAGCGCUCCAGGAUCCCAUAGCAUCUCCUCUGAAAAAGCCCAAAAUGGAGUGUGCGUCUGAUGACAUCAUCCAGGAGUAUGUUACUCUGAGAACCCGCUACAGCGAGCUGACGACGCUCACCAGCCAGUACAUUAAAUUCAUCACUGAGACGCAGCGCCGCCUGGAGGAAGACGAGAAAGCUUCUGAAAUACUAAAAGAAGAGGAGAGGAGAAAAAUGGCAGAGAUACAGGCUGAGUUAGAGAAACAGAAACAGUUGGCUGAAGUUCAGGCUAAAUCUGUGGCCAAAGCAGAGCAAGAAGCCACAGAGCUGAAGCAGAAGAUGAAAGCAGAGGCCAACAAGAGGCAGGACGUUGCGGUGGAUGCUGAGAAGCAAAAACAAAACAUCCAGCAGGAGCUGCAGCAUCUGAAGAGUCUGUCAGAGCAGGAGAUCAAGUCCAAGAGUCAGCAGCUGGAAGAGGCGCUGCUCAGCCGCACCAAGAUCGAAGAGGAAAUCCACAUCAUCAGAGUUCAGCUUGAGACGACGACGAAGCAGAAAUCCAUGGCCGAGACAGAGCUGCAGAAGCUCCGAGACAAAGCUGCCGAGGCCGAGAAGCUCAGGAAAGCAGCUCAGGACGAGGCGGAAAGGCUCCGCCAACAGGUGGCGGAGGAGACUCAGAAGAAGAAAAAUGCUGAAGAUGAGCUGAAGCGUAAAUCUGAGGCAGAGAAAGAGGCAGCUAAGCAAAAGCUGAAAGCCCUGGAUGAGCUGCAGAGGUUUAAAAUGCAAGCCGAGGAGGCGGAGAGGCGCAUGAGGCAGGCUGAGGAGGAGAAGCUGAGGCAGAUCAAGGUGGUGGAGGAGGUGGCGCAGAAGACUGCUGCCACACAGCUGCAAACCAAAUCCACAUCCUUCGACAAAAAGGCAACAGCACUGGAGGAAUCUCUCAGAAAAGAGCAGGGAACAGUCCUUCAGCUGCAAGAGGAGGCCGGGAAGCUGAGGAAACAACAAGAAGAAGCCGAUAGAGCCAGGGAGCAAGCAGAGAAGGAGCUGGAAACGUGGAGGCAGAAGGCCAACGAAGCUCUCCGGCUGAGGCUGCAAGCUGAGGAGGAAGCCCAGAAGAAGAGUCAGGCUCAGGAGGAAGCAGAACGUCAGAAGGUCGAAGCCGAACGAGAUGCCAAGAAGAGAGCUAAAGCUGAGGAGGCAGCGCUGAAGCAGAAGGAGAACGCAGAGAACGAGCUGGAAAAACAGAGAAAGUUUGCCGAACAAGUCGCUCAACAGAAACUGUCUGCUGAACAGGAAUGCAUUCGCUUAAAGGCCGACUUCGAGCAUGCCAAGCAGCAGAGAGGCCUUCUGGAUAACGAGCUCCAACGCCUGAAAAAUGAGGUGAGCGCCGCGGAAAACCAGAGAAAACAGCUGGAGGACGAGCUGGCCGAAGUCAGGAGCGAAAUGGACGCCCUCUUACAGAUGAAGAUUCAUGCCGAGAAGGAGACGCUGUCAAAAACGGAAAAGAGCCAACAGCGUCUCGAGUCGGAAGCCUUGAAGAUGAAACAGCUGGCUGAGGAAGCCGCUCGGCUGAGAUCAGUCGCCGAAGAAGCCAAGAAGCAGAGGCAGCUCGCCGAGGAAGAGGCGGCCCAGCAAAGAGCGGAGGCCGAGAAAAUCCUCAAGGAAAAGCUGGCCGCCAUCAACGAGGCCACUCGUCUGAAGACCGAAGCAGAGAUCUCUCUGAAAGCUAAAGAAGCCGAGAACGAGAGACUGAAGAGAAAAGCUGAGGAUGAGGCUUAUCAGAGGAAGCUGCUGGAGGACCAAGCUGCUCAGCACAAACAAGAGAUCCAGGAGAAGAUCACACAUCUGAAAAGCUCCUCCAACACUGAGCUGGAGAGGCAAAAAACUAUCGUGGAAGAGACUGUGAGGCAGAAGAGGGUGGUACAAGAGGAGAUCCACAUUAUCAGGAUCAACUUCGAGAAAGCAUCGAAGGAGAAGUCUGAUCUGGAGGUGGAGCUAAAGAAACUGAAGGGCGUCGCAGAUGAGACGGAGAAGAGCAAACUCAAAGCGGAACAGGAGGCAGACAAACUGAAAAAGCUCGCUGCAGAGGAGGAGAAGAAGAGGAAAGAAGCUGAGGAGAAGGUGAAGAGGAUCGCUGCAGCAGAAGAAGAAGCGGCUCGGCAGUGCAAAGCCGCCCAGGAGGAAGUCGAAAGGCUCAAAAAGAAAGCCGCUGAAGCAAAUGAGCACAAAGACCAGGCUGAGAAGGAGGCAGAGAAGCAGGUCGUCCUGGCUCAACAGGCGGCUCAGAAAUGCAGUGCUGCAGAGCAGAAAGCCCAAGAUGUUCUCUCCAAGAACAAAGAAGACGUUCUUGCUCAGGAGAAGCUGAAAGAUGAGUUUAAUAAUGCAAAGAAACUCGCAGAAGCUGCAGAGAAGGCCAAAGCCAAGGCGGAGAAAGAGGCCGCUUUGCUCCGUCAGAAAGCAGAGGAGGCCGAAAAACAGAAAACAGCUGCAGAAGACGAAGCUGCUAAACAGGCCAAAGCUCAAAAAGAUGCAGAGAGACUGAGGAAGGAGGCAGAGGAAGAGGCCUCCAGGAGAGCGGCGGCCGAGGCGGCGGCUUUGAAGCAGAAGCAGCAGGCCGAUGCAGAGAUGGCCAAACACAAAAAAGAGGCCGAACAAGCCCUGAAGCAAAAGUCUCAGGUGGAGAAGGAGCUUGCUAAGGUCAAACUGCAGCUGGAUGAAACCGACAAGCAGAAAGCGGUGCUGGAUGCUGAGCUGCAGCGAGUUAAAGGGGAAGUAAAUGAUGCCGUCAAACAGAAGGCACAGGUGGAGGACGAACUGUCCAAAGUGAAGACCCAGAUGGACCAGCUCCUCAAGAUCAAACUCCAGAUUGAGGAAGAAAACCGACGCCUCAUGCAGAAAGACAAAGACAACACCCAGAAAUUACUUUUAGAUGAGGCAGAGAAAAUGAAAAAGCUAGCAGAGGAAGCUGCUCAACUCAGCGUGGAGGCUGAAGAAGCAGCCAGACAGAGGCAGAUCGCCGAGUCCGACUUGGCUGAACAGAGGGCGCUUGCUGAGAAAAUGCUGAAGGAGAAAAUGCAGGCCAUUCAGGAGGCCACAAAACUCAGGGCUGAAGCUGAUGAGCUCCAGAAGCUGAAGGACCAGGCACAGGAAAAGGCUAAAAAACUCCAGGAGGACAAACAGCACAUCCAGCAGCGCCUUGACAAGGAGACGGAGGGCUUCCAAAAAUCCCUGGAGGCCGAGCGAAAGAGGCAGCUGGAAGUUUCAGCUGAAGCAGAGAAGCUGAAAGUGAGGGUGAAGGAGCUCAGCGACGCUCAGGCCAAAGCCGAAGAGCAGGCCAAGACAUUUAAGAAGCAAGCCGAGGAAGCAAAAGCUCGUCUUCAAGAGACGGAAAAGCAAAAGACAGAGGUCAUCGUGCAGAAGUUGGAGACGCAGCGGCUGCAGAGCACAAGGGAAGCGGAUGACUUGAGGAAAGCCAUAAGUGAUCUGGAGAAAGAGAGAGAGAAACUGAAAAAAGAUGCCGAGGAGCUUCAGAAAAAGUCGCAGCAGAUGACAAAUACCCAGCAAGAGCAGAUUGAGCAGCAGAAGGCCAUACUUCAGAAGUCUUUCCUCACUGAGAAGGAGCUGUUGCUGAAAAGAGAAAAGGCUGUUGAAAAUGAGAAGAAGGAGCUUGAGAAACAGUUUGAGGAUGAAGUGAAAAAGGCCAAAGCACUCAAAGAAGAACAGGAACGUCAGCGCAAACUGAUGGAAGAGGAGAGGGAAAAGCUACAGGCCAACAUGGAUGACGCUGUGAAGAAGCAGAAGCAGGCUGAGGCAGAGAUGAAAAACAAGCAGAAAGAAAUUGAAGUGCUGGAAAAGAAAAGGCUUGAACAGGAAAAGCUCUUGGGAGACGAGAACACGAAGCUCAGAGAGAAGCUGCAGAGUCUUGAAGUUGCUUCCAAACAGGGUGCAUCCAAAACAAAGGAAAUUGAAGUUCAAACAGAUAAGGUUCCUGAAGAGCAACAGGUCACCAUGACAAUGGUGGGCACAACGAAGAAAGUUUUGAAUGGCUCAGUUGAAUUGGAUGGAGUGAAGAAAGGUGGAGAAUCACAGCUGGCAUUUGAUGGAAUUAGAGAGAAAGUUCCUGCUGAAAGGCUUCAUGACAUCGGUGUCCUGACCAAGAAGGAGUUGGACAAACUGAAAAAGGGCAAAGCCACAGUGCAAGACCUUGAAAAGACUGAUAAGAUCAGAUCAUGUCUGAAGGGCCAGAGCUGUGUUGGAGGUGUUCUGACUCCAUCCAAAGAGAAGAUGAGCAUCUAUCAGGCCAUGGCAGAGAAGAAGAUCACUCCAAACACUGCUACAAUGCUCCUGGAAGCUCAAGCAGCUUCUGGUUUCAUUGUUGACCCCGUGAAAAAUAAACUUCUCUCUGUUGAUGAGGCCGUUAAGGAGCAGAUAAUCGGACCUGAACUCCAUGACAAGAUGUUAUCUGCAGAACGAGCAGCCACUGGCUUUAAAGAUCCAUAUUCUGGAGCCAAAAUUUCUCUGUUUGAGGCCAUGAAGAAGGGACUUAUUGAGAAAGAUCAGGCUACUAAAUUCAUUGAUGUACAGCUUGCAACUGGUGGCAUCAUUGACCCCAUCAACAGCCACCGAGUGCCUCUUCAGACAGCCUACAAGCAGGGUCAGUUUAAUGCUGACAUGAACAAGAAACUCACCGAUCCCAGCGAUGACUGCAAAUUAUUCACUGAUCCUAGCACUCAGGAGCAACUCACCUACAAACAGUUGCUGGAGAAAUGCAUAAAGGACCCUGAUACCGGUCUGCUGAUUUUACCGGUGACAGAAACAGCAGCUCAGAGCGAGAGAACGUACACAGAUUUGGAGACAAAAGAGGUAUUCAGCAAAUCAAACGUUGAUGUUCCAUUUGGUAGAUUCAAAGGAAAAACUGUCACCAUCUGGGAAGUCAUAAAUUCAGAAUACUUCACAGAAGAGCAAAGAAAGGAACUGAUUCGGCAGUACAAGACUGGCAAAAUCACAGUGGAAAAGAUCAUUAAAAUUGUCAUCACUGUUGUGGAAGACAAGGAGAAGAACAGUGGGAAUAUGUUCAAUGGUUUGAGGGCUCCAGUCUCUGCCAGUGAUCUGCUGGACUCCAAGAUCAUAAACAAAGACUUGUUUAACAAACUGAGCAAUGGAAAGAUUUCGGUGAAAGAAGUCGCUGAGAUGGAUUCUGUGAAGAAGGCUCUACAAGGAGCGCCCAGCAUUGCUGGACUAUUGUAUGAACCAACCAAAGAGAAAAUGCCUUUCUAUCAAGCUAUGAAAAAAGAGUUGCUCUCUCCAGAAGCUGCAGUGAAUUUCCUUGAAGCUCAGGCAGCAACAGGGUUUAUGAUUGAUCCUGUAAAAAAUGAGAGGAUCCCUGUUGAUGAAGCUGUUAAGUCCGGUCUUGUUGGACCGGAACUGCAUGAAUGCCUCCUGUCAGCGGAAAGAGCCAUCAGCGGUUACAGAGAUCCAUACACUGGGAAAAAGGUGUCUCUUUUUGAAGCCAUGAACAAAGGCCUUGUAAAGAGAGACCAGGGAAUCCGUCUGCUAGAAGCACAACUUUCAACUGGUGGAGUUGUUGAUCCCGUUAAAAGCUGUCGAAUCCCACAUGAGGUUGCCUGCAAGCAUGGCUACUUUGAUGAAGAAAUCAGCAAGACCUUGAACAAAAACACAGAUGAAACAAAAGUAUUUUAUGAUCCCAACUCACAAGAGGAUUCAACCUAUGCACAGCUCAUGGAAAAAUGUGUAACAGACAAAGAAACUGGACUCCCAUUGCUUCCCCUUUCAAAGAAGGUUUCAAAGCCCAAAGAAGACAAACAGAUCACAGAGGCAAAAACAAAAGAGGACCUGAACCAAGCAACCAUGGAGCUGGAGUAUGGACCUUUCAAAGGGAGAAAAGUCACAAUUUGGGAGAUCAUACACUCUGAAUACAUUACUGAGGAACAACGACUGGAGCUGAUUCGCCAGUACAGAAUGGGAUAUGUAACAAUUGAAAAGUUGAUAAAGAUAGUGAUAACGAUGGUUGAUGAAAGGGAGGACAAACCAAAGGAAGAGGCCUGCUUUGAGGGCCUCAGGGCACCAGUCACUGCUAGCUCAUUGCUUGAUUCUAACAUCAUUGAUAAGUCAACAUUUGAUCAACUCCAGCAGGGUAAAAAGAUGCCCAAAGAUAUCAGUAAAACAGACAAAGUCAGGAAGUACCUGCAGGGCACUGACCGCAUUGAUGGUGUCAUCAUGGAAGAUUCAGAUGAAAAGUUCAGCAUAUAUCAAGCCAUGAAGAAGAAUGUCUUGCAACAUAACACUGGGCUUGCACUUCUUGAGGCUCAAGCUGGAACCGGUUUCAUAACCGAUCCAGUCAAAAACCUGAAAUACUCUGUGGACGAUGCUGUGAAGGUCGGGAUUGUUGGCCCAGAGCUUCACGAGAAACUCCUCUCAGCUGAAAAAGCAGUGACGGGAUACAAAGAUCCAUACACAGGCAAUAAGAUUUCUCUAUUCCAAGCCAUGAAGAAAGAGCUUGUUUUGAGGGAGCAUGCUAUUCCUCUUCUGGAGGCUCAGUUCACAACAGGAGGUAUCAUUGAUCCAGUGAGCAGCCAUCGUCUUCCUAAUGAUGUGGCGAUUCAGCGUGGGCAUUUCAGUAAGCAGAUGUCUAAAUCCUUCAAUGAACCUUCAGGUGACGUUAAAGGUUUCACAAAUCCCAACACCAAUGAAAGUGUUACUUAUAAACAGCUGUUGGAGAAGUGCAGCAGAGAUCCCAACACUGGUCUCUGCUAUCUGCCUCUGUCAAAGGUCCAACUUUCUGCUCCAGUUGAGAAGUCUUAUGAGUACACAGAGGAGCAAGCCAAAAAUGACCUAUCGAAUGCUCAAAUAGAAAUUCCGCUUAAGGGCUUUGCAGGGAAGACUAUGACCAUUUGGGAGAUUAUGAACUCAAAUAUGCUUCCAGAGGAGGAGAAGCGCCGCAUUAUGGAGCAGUAUCGUUUGGGACUAAUCACAAAGGAAAGAAUGAUGAUCAUCAUCAUUGAAAUUAUUGAACAAAGGGAAACUCUAAAGUCAGAGCAGAGCAUGUCAUGUGAUGUUAUCAGAAGAAGAGUUACCAUUGAAGAGCUGUACAGCGCUCGAAUUAUUGACUUGCAAACAUACAACCUCCUGAAACAAGAAAAGAUGAGUAUUCGUGAGGUGAUGGAAAUGCCUUCAGUGAAACAGUACCUCUUUGGCACUGGUUGUAUUGCUGGAAUUAUGUCAGACCACCCUUCAAAGAUCAGCAUUUACCAGGCCAUGAAGACAGGACAGAUUAAGCCUGAAGUUGCUUUGAAACUCCUUGAGGCCCAAGCAGCAACUGGAUUCAUGAUCGAUCCUAUGAAAGAUGAGCUUCUGACCGUAGAUGAAGCUGUACGCAAAGGGCUUGUCGGUCCUGAACUGCACGACAAACUUCUCUCUGCUGAGCGCGCAGUUACAGGCUACAAGGAUCCAUACAGUGGGAAAGUUAUUUCUCUCUUCCAGGCAAUGAAAAAAGACCUGAUUCCUGAGGAUUAUGCCUUGAGGCUGUUGGAAGCACAGAAUUCCACAGGAGGGCUGAUGGAUCCUGAAUAUUACUUUCACCUCCCUAUAGAUGUUGCUAUGCAGCGUGGAUACAUCAACAAGGAGACCCUAGACAGAAUAACUGAGCCUACUGCAGAUGUGCAAGGAUACAUUGAUCCAACAACCGAUGAAAGGCAGACCUACGCACAGCUGUUGAAAAGAUGCAGAAUCGACAAAGCAAGUGGUUUACGGUUACUUUCGCUGGCAGACAGAAAGCUUCUCUUUAAGGGUCUCAGAAAACAAAUCACAGUGGAUGAGCUGUUGCGGUCGCAGAUCAUCGACCAAAAGACAUACAGUGAACUCACUGAGGGUAUCAUCUCAGUUGAGGAGGUUAGCAGAAACCUGAAGAAAUACCUUGAGGGCACCAGCUGUAUUGCUGGUGUGUAUGUAGAAUCAAGCAAAGACCGCCUGUCCAUUUACCAAGCAAUGAAGAAGAACAUGAUCAGACCGGGGACUGCUUUUGAGCUCCUCGAGGCUCAAGCUGCCACAGGUUACGUUAUAGAUCCUAUUAAAAACCUAAAGCUGAAUGUCACUGAAGCUGUAAAAAUGGGAGUUGUUGGCCCAGAGUUUAAAGACAAGCUCCUCUCAGCUGAAAGAGCUGUCACAGGCUACAGGGAUCCUUAUUCUGGCAAAGUUAUCUCUCUUUUUCAGGCCAUGAAAAAGGGUCUCAUUCUGAAAGACCAUGGCAUUCGUCUGCUAGAAGCUCAGAUUGCAACUGGUGGAAUUAUUGAUCCUGAGGAGAGCCACCGUUUGCCAGUUGAAACAGCGUAUGAACGUGGCCUCUUUGAUGAGGAAAUGAAUGAGAUCCUCACUGACCCAUCUGAUGACACAAAGGGCUUCUUUGACCCCAACACAGAGGAAAACCUCACCUACCUGAAGUUGAUGGAGAGAUGUAUGAUGGACCCUGAGACUGGUCUUCGUCUUCUGCUGCUGAAAGAAAAGAAACGCGAGAGGAAGACUUCAUCUAAGUCGUCGGUUCGCAAGCGAAGGGUUGUUAUUGUCGAUCCUGAGUCGGGGAAAGAGAUGUCUGUGUACGAGGCAUAUCAGAAGGGGCUGAUCGACCACCAGACCUAUCUAGAACUUGCAGAGCAGGAAUGCGAAUGGGAGGAAAUUACAAUGACCUCAGCUGAUGGCGUUGUGAAAUCCAUGAUUAUUGACAGGAGGUCUGGUCGGCAGUAUGAUAUUGAUGAUGCAACCUCAAGAGGCCUAAUAGACAAGUCGGCCCUUGAUCAGUACCGAGCAGGAACACUGUCCAUCACAGAAUUUGCAGACAUGCUGUCUGGAAACAUGAGCGGUAGUAGAUCCCGGUCAUCCUCCUUUGGCUCCUCUUCGUCUUACACAAUGAGCCCAAUACCUUCCAUCAAAACACCAGCAACCACGUGGAAUGACCCGACAGAGGAAACUGGGCCUGUGGCUGGAAUCUUAGACACACAGACCCUGGAGAAGGUGUCUGUCACAGAGGCCAUUCAUAGAAACCUUGUGGACAAUAUAACAGGUCAAAGGUUGCUGGAAGCUCAGGCCUGCACAGGAGGUAUUAUUGACCCGAACACAGGGGAGAAAUUCUCUGUUACAGAUGCAAUGAAUAAAGGGCUUGUGGAUAAAAUAAUGGUGGAUCGCAUCACUUUAGCCCAGAAGGCAUACAAUGGAUUUGAAGAUCCUAGAACUAAAACCAAAAUGUCAGCAGCCCAAGCUCUGAAGAAAGGCUGGCUUUACUAUGAGGCUGGACAGCGAUUCCUAGAGGUCCAGUAUCUCACUGGUGGGUUGAUUGAACCAGAUAGUACAGGCCGAGUUGCUAUCGAUGAGGCUGUGCGGAAGGGCACCUUAGAUGCACGCACAGCACAGAAGCUACGAGAUGUUAGCGCAUAUUCAAAGUAUCUCACAUGCCCUAAAACCAAGCUCAAGAUCUCCUACAAGGAUGCCAUGGAAAGAAGCAUGAUAGAGGAAGGAACUGGUCUGCGACUACUUGAAGCAUCGUCUCAGUCAAGCAAAGGUCUUUACAGUCCCUACAGCAUCAGCGGCUCUGGCUCUGCCACUGGUUCACAUUCUGGCUCAAGAAGUGGUUCCAGGUCAGGUUCCAGAAGAGGCAGCUUCGAUGCCACAGGGUCUAGCUUCACCACAACCUUCUCGUCAUCUUCUUAUGGUUCACCGAGCUACAGCCGGCGAUACUAAGCUGAAAGUCGAGUGGCAGUUCGGUGAGGAGGGAAGGAUGUGCUUUAAAACCACAGUGCUCACCAGAUGCCUAACUCUUAGGAAUAAAGACUUCCUUUAUUCUGCUCUGCACGGGGCUGUUACAAGAUUUUUCAUAUUUUAUUUUUUACUAAAUGAAUAAUUUUGUUUAUUGUAGAUUUCUCACUUAGUUUUAGUCACAUUUAUGCAGCCUCAUCAGAUUGCUGAUUGUGUACUGUAAGCAUCUAGCAUUAACAACAGCAGUUUUACUCCCAGUAUCCAGCACAAAUGCUUCCGUUGUGACAUUUUGAUUGUUUAAGUUCUAUAUCAUGAGCAUUUAUUGUUCCAUAAACACACAUUUAUGUAUACAGACCACAAGGAGAGCUGACAGAGAACCAAAUUGGAUGUAUAAACUCAAAUUUCUGUGCAUGUGUAUAUUUCUAAAUGUUGAGGGAAAAAUAGCCACUCUGCAGAGCAAAAUACAGAGUCUAGUAAAUAUUAAUAACAGUAACAAGAAUGCCAAGCUUUAAGAUCUUUUCUCUCCUGGACUGCACUGCCACAUAUACUCUCCCAGCAGCUAGAGCAACAUGUGCAUACUCAAGAGCAAACUCCCAAAAAUGGAAAGAGGCUGCAACUAAAUAUGAACAUUGGCACCAUCUGGACAUGCAAACCCCUGCUUCGUUGGACACUUUAAAAGAUUGCCGUCAGCGUUCAUGUCGCCUUCAGCUCUUUGCUCAGAGACCCUUGGCAUAAACUGGACUCAAACCAUAACUAUAAUCAAAGAUUUAUAUGCCACAGGACUAAGACACACUUGAUCUACAGCUAGUUUGCUCAGAUUCUUUUAAGAGUGAAGCAUUUUAAAGACAGAAACCAAACUUUGUAAGUGCCUGCAGGACACCAUUUCACUCUGUACUGGGAGUUUUAUAGGAGGUGGUUACACUGUAAAAUGAUAGAAAAAGCAAUGUUACCUGUCAUUUUUUUAUUUCUAGGUAAGACUUUUUGCAGUCUGACAAAAUAUCUCAGCAGUUCUAAAACCCACACGGGGCUGAAAUAUAUAGUUUGAAUAUCUAGUAGCUAAGAUACAUUAUUUCACUGUCUUUUUGUUCCCUUCUGUCAGUACAAUCACUGUAAAGAAAAUAUAGAGCUCUAUUGCUAAAAGCCAUGAAUUGAGAAAGAUCUUUAAGCUUUGCAUCACACACAGUAUUUCUAUUUUACACAACAUAUACUUCUUUUAUUUUAAAUAUUUGUAAAGCAACACCUGCAUCGUUUUAUUUUCAUACAUUAUUUCUGUUUUGCAUGAUUUAAUAACAUGAAAGAUGCAAGAAUUAUAUGUAGUUGUAUCCAUUAACGCUUUUUUUUUUUUUGAAGGUUUGAAGGAUGUAUUUUAUCAAAUAGUCAUCAAACCUUGUUUAAAACGGUGUAUUUAUAAUAAAGGGUGAUGAGGAAUUUUAUUGUAACACCUUACACAAUGUAAAUAAACAAAGAUGAAAAGAU